GUCUGUUUGUAUUAUGUCGAAUAGUAAAAUAUGUGGUUUGAGACUUGCUGUCGUGAAACAGUGAAAUAUGUCACAGUCUUACAAAAAAAUAUCAAGAGAAUAGUUUGAAUCGUGUGACUUAAUAACACAUGUGACCUCCUACUGAAACUUGAAAAACCAUGUCUGAUGAUGAAGAUAUUCUGUACAUAAAAAAGCAAAAGACAAUUCACUAUGGCUCUCUUGAGGAACAAGAGCGGAAUAGGCUGAAUGCUGCUGCUGCUGCUUCUGCAGCUGCUACAACUACUGGUGCACCUACAUCAUCUGUGGACAGUGAUGGGGACAGUCCACCAACUGCAAUGGUAUCUUCACCGCCUGAGGCAGGAAAUGUCAACAUAUCAGAUGAAUAUAUGGAACUCGAGGAAGAAAUGAAUCGUGAUCGUCAGGCAUUAUUAGAAGAAUUUGAAAGACGUAAAAGAGCACGUCAGAUUAAUGUAUCAACUGACGAUGAAGAGGUGAAACGUAAUCUAAGACAACUUGGAGAACCAAUAUGCUUAUUUGGGGAAGGUCCAGCAGACAGGCGUAGUCGUCUGAGGGAUCUGCUAGCAAGACUGGGUGAAGAUGCAAUUAAGAAAAAGCAGGAAGAGGAGGAGGAAAGGAUGCAACAAGCGAAAGAUCAAGAAACUACUUGGUAUCAUGAAGGACCAGAAUCACUCAAAAUAUCAAGACUGUGGAUAGCUCAAUAUUCCCUGGCAAGAUCUAAAGUACGGCUUGAGAAGGCAAGGGAAGAGAGAAAUCUGCCUGAAGCAACACGUACAGCUCGAAGACAAGAGUUGCAAAAGAAGCUUCAGGCAGUGUCCAUCUAUUGCAGUCAGAUUGGUGAUACUCGCCCUAUUUCGUAUUGCCAGUUCAGUCCUGAUUCAACAAUGCUUGCCACUGCCUCAUGGAGUGGACUGUGCAAACUUUGGUCAGUGCCUAAUUGUGAGCUGAUACGAACACUUCGUGGACAUAAUUGUAAUGUUGGUGCAAUAGUUUUUCAUCCCCAUGCAAUGUCUGAAAAUGAUGACAAAGUUUGUGCCCUAGCUUCAUGCGCUGCGGAUGGUUCUGUGAAACUGUGGAAUCUCGAUAGUGAAGAGCCACUAGCAGAUGUUGAAGGCCAUGAACCUCACCGUGUCUCCAGAUUAGCAUUCCAUCCAUCAGGUCGAUUUUUAGGUACUUGUUGCUUUGAUUCUUCAUGGAGACUCUGGGACCUGGAGCAGUGCCAGGAAGUUCUUCAUCAGGAAGGCCACUGCAAGCCAGUUUACUGUAUUUCUUUUCAAAAUGAUGGUGCUGUUGUGGGUACUGGUGGACUUGACGCAUUUGGUCGAAUUUGGGAUCUACGCACUGGGAGGUGUAUAAUGUUUAUGGAGGGCCAUCUGAAGUCAAUUUAUGGAAUUGACUUUUCUCCAAAUGGCUACCACAUAGCCACUGGAAGUGAAGAUAAUACUUGUAAAAUAUGGGAUUUGCGCCGGCGUCACUGUCUUUAUACGAUUCCAGCACAUAUGAAUCUUAUUUCAGAAGUUAAAUACCAAAAGGGCAGUGGCAAUUUUUUGAUCACUUCUUCAUAUGACAAUUCGUCGAAGGUGUGGUCUAACAAGACAUGGCAACCACUGCGGACAUUGUCUGGACAUGAUGGAAAGGUCAUGUGUGUGGACAUUUCACCUGAUUCACAGUAUAUAGCAACAAGUUCUUAUGACAGAACAUUUAAGCUCUGGGCUCCUGAGUAGUACAUCUAUGUGUAUAGUUGUGUGUAACAAUUUUAUGAAAUAAGUGUACUGUGCCAGAACGUAUGUGUAUUAUGAAUGUUAACAACCAAGCUAUGAAAACUUGUGUGUUUGGUUUCCUUCUGUACAAAUGGUAAAAUGAAAUAUUUUUUGACCUGCCUACUUGCUGGCACUUUAAAGUA